CAACAAUAUAUCGUGUUUUUCUUAUUUGAGUCACAAGUAUUGAAAAAAUGUAUCCUACUUGUAAGAGUGCAGUGUAAAAAUUAGGUUUUGAUUUUCUUAACUUUGCGAUGUCGACAAGAAAGACGUGAACGUUUUAUUUUAAGCGUACAAUAAAAUGUGUAUGGCCCUCACUAGAGUUUACGAGAUUUGUUUAAAAGUUAAAUCUACUUUAGUAACUAUUUUUCCUAAGUACAAGUAUCCUGGAUAUGUUGGUUUCGCGGAACCCUCCUAAUAUUAACAAAGUUAAGAAGAUUGUAAUUUACGUUUACUACAUACCUACAGCUUUUUACUUCAAAAUACUUUCAUUUUAAUUCCGUCUCCCUUAAAAUGAAGUCACUAUCCAAACCGGUAGAUUUUCACCAGCAUGUAAAUUUAUAUGUAAAAACUUUAAAGUUAAGUGGAGUAUGGUUCUACAUACCAUACCCUAAGAUAUCAAUCUGGUUUUGGUUGCAUAUUAUAAUUCGGGUGUUGUAUGCCAUCUUCGUUUUUAUUAUACCACCAAUAGCACAGAUGGCUUAUAUCGCGAAAUUAUUGGUUUCGGGAAAUCGUGAGAUUCAACGUAUCGCUUCAAGCAUCAACUUGGUCAUAACCGAGCUGUACGUUUCCGUGAAGCUGUUCAACAUGUUCUGCCAACGAGACUUGCUCAUCAAGUUGUUUGACCAGCUCAACAAUGUCGAUUUCCAUCAUUCUACUCACAGAGAAGUUCUGGAACACGCCAUCAAGAUAUCGAAGAAUCUGUACUGGGUUCUCUUUAUGGGCUCGGGCAUGGAUGUAUUUAUUCACAUGGUGGUGGUGCCAAGUUUGAACAAAUUCCAAACUUUGCCGGUGAACAUGGACUUCAUUUUUGUGGACGCUAAUGAGCCACCAUACAUGUACUACGCUUGUUUUUACCAGAUAUUGUAUAAACCAGCCCUUGUAAUAUUAUUAGUGGUCGUACAAACAUUACCGUGGUCUCUUUUAUUGUUUAUCAUUGGCCAAUUGGAUAUUCUAAUUGACAAGUUCAAGAAUAUGGAGACGCUCGUGAAAACGACCAUGAUUGAGAAGAAGUGCGACAAACAUGAUGCCUUCAGGGUUCUGUUUAAUCGUUAUGUAUUACACCACCGCGCUAUUAUAAGGUUCGUAGCCACCGCCGAGAAAGCGUUCGGCGGUCAGUUUGCGUUGACUCUGAUACUGAGCUCGGGUAUUAUUUGUACCACCGGCGUGCAAUUUCUUUCGAUUGAAUCACCGUCCAAGGAUAUAGUCGGCGUAUGUUGGAUAGUGGCAUACAUGCUAAUUUUUACCUCGGUAUUGUUUGGUGACUGUUAUUUUGGGAAUGCCAUUCAUAUAAAGAGCACAGAAAUAGCGACGGUCGCCUACAGCAGCCCCUGGCUAGAGAUGCCGCAAGAUCUGAAGAAGAACCUGGUGCUUGUGAUAGCCAGAGCCCAGAAGCCUCUGGCCUUAACUGCCUACACCCUCGUUACUGUAUCGCUACCAACCUUUACCACGGUAAUGAAUUGGACGUACAAAGCCUUCGCCGUUAUGAAUGGGAUGAAGUAAUAACACCGCUAUUACUCUAUUUUGUCACUAAUUUCUCAUGUUAUAUCGAGUUUUAACCCUUUCACCGUCAUUCACUACAUCUACACAUAUUUACUACCAGACAAAAAAAAUGUAGCUAUUGUUUUGCAUGGAAAAAUAAAACCUAACUUUUCCACUAACCAAUUGCCAAUUGUAAAGGUUUUUUCACUAUUCAUUUUUCGUAUUAUUUGAUACGGAUUUUUAAUAAUACAGUUUAAUUCAUCCUCUUAUGACUAAAUGUGACAC